GCAUGCAAAUCUCGCUCAUCCUAACCUCGUUAACGCAUCCGUCGUCUCCGAGGCUUUCCCAAUCCCCAAUUCCCAUUUCUCUCCGCGUUUUCUCCGUUAGGUUUCCGUCUAUUUUUCUCCUGCCUUUUUCCCGGAAAAUUUUCCCAUCCUUUUUCCGUUCUGGUUCUUCGAGGAAUUUCAAUCUCUUCCUUCUUUUUGUUCUUGAUUUUUGUAAUCCCUUUUUUCUUUCCUUUUUCGCGUCCCAGAUCUGCAUGGUGAAGGCCGUUUCGGUGCUCGAAAUUUGAGUGUUUGUUCCGGAUUUCGUAGCUUUAAUUCGUGUUUCUCUGUGUUGAAAUUCUUCUUCUGAGCGAUCCGCGGUGGGAUAUCGGAAGUUUAUAGGGGAGCGUGGUGAAUUUGGCGGUGGCAAUAGCUAAUUUUUCUGCUUCUUUUGGGGGGGUAGCCGGGGCCUCGGCCUCGGCGGGUUUUAAAGCCCCCACUUGCACAAACUGCGAAUCUUUCAUUCCUUUAACAAUCUUCUAACUUUUCUUUUCCUUUUUUUUUCUUCUUCUUCCUCUCCCAUUUUCUUAUUAAUUUCUUGAUCCGUCGAGGGAGAGAUGCCGGCCCUGGCUUAUUGCGUGGACGCUGCUGCAGCUCCUCCUGGCUACGCUUUUGCUGGGGAUAGCUCUCUUCCGUCGCCGGUAUUGUUUUCCGGCGGACCUCCGGAGACUACCAUCUUCAACCGUGCCGCUGCCACCGCUGCUGCUGAUAAUUCCAAUUGGUCUCCUGCUCUUUCAUCUGCCCUUUACAAGAUCGACGGAUGGGGUGCGCCUUAUUUCUCUGUCAAUGGCUCUGGAAACAUUACUGUUCGUCCUUAUGGUACGGCGACCUUGGCCCAUCAGGAGAUUGAUCUGCUGAAAAUUGUGAAGAAGGCCUCAGAUCCGAUUUGCUCCGGCGGAUUGGGCUUGCAGCUUCCUCUUAUUGUGCGGUUUCCCGACGUGCUGAAGAACCGUCUGGAGUCUCUCCAGUCGGCAUUCGACUAUGCCAUUCAAUCUCAGGGCUAUGAUUCUCAUUACCAGGGUGUUUACCCGGUCAAGUGCAACCAGGACCGGUUCGUUGUUGAAGACAUCGUCAAAUUCGGAUCUCCCUUCCGUUUUGGCCUGGAGGCUGGAUCCAAACCAGAGCUACUCCUCGCAAUGAGCUGUUUGUGCAAAGGGAACCGAGAUGCUCUUCUGGUAUGCAAUGGAUUCAAGGAUGCGGAGUACAUUUCUCUGGCGCUUAUCGCGAGGAAGCUCGCUCUGAACACGGUGAUUGUGCUCGAACAAGAAGAAGAGCUUGAUUUGGUUAUUGAUUUGAGCAAACGGCUGAUGGUUCGCCCUGUGAUUGGCAUGCGUGCGAAGCUGCGAACUAAACAUGCCGGCCAUUUUGGGUCUACCUCAGGCGAGAAAGGGAAGUUUGGUCUGACCACCACGCAGAUUCUUCGCGUGGUUAGGAAACUUGAACAUGCCGAUAUGCUUGAUUGCCUGCAAUUGCUACAUUUUCAUAUUGGAUCCCAGAUCCCCACCACUGCCUUGCUCACCGAUGGCGUUGGUGAGGCUGCUCAGAUCUAUUGUGAAUUGGUUCGUCUUGGUGCCAAUAUGCAAUUUGUUGACAUUGGAGGUGGUCUGGGAAUUGACUAUGACGGUUCCAAGUCUGCGGACUCUGAGUUAUCUGUUGCUUAUGGGCUUGGAGAGUAUGCCUCUACGGUUGUUGAAGCAGUUCGCUGCGCUUGCGACCGUAGGUCCGUGAAGCACCCAAUAAUCUGCAGCGAGAGCGGCCGGGCAAUUGUCUCUCAUCACUCUGUUCUGAUUUUUGAGGCCGUUUCUGCUAGCACUUAUGAGGUCCCAUCCAUGAACUCGCUUGAAUUGCAGUAUCUUGUCGAUGGGCUUACAGAUGAUGCUCGUCUCGAUUAUCAGAACCUCUCGGCUGCAGCAUAUAUGGGUGAGUACAAGACAUGCUUGCUUUAUGCAGAUCAAUUGAAACAACGCUGCGUUGAGAAAUUCAAGGAUGGGUGUUUGGGAAUGGAACAAUUGGCUGCGGUGGAUGGGCUUUGUGCUCUCGUUUCGAAGGCAGUUGGAGAGCUGGACUCUGUGAGAACUUACCAUAUGAACCUCUCUGUUUUUACCUCAAUCCCCGAUUACUGGGGUAUUGAGCAACUGUUUCCAAUAGUCCCAAUUCAUCGUCUUGAUCAGAGACCUUCUGUGAGGGGUAUUCUGUCUGAUUUAACCUGUGACAGCGAUGGGAAGAUCGAUAAGUUCAUUGGUGGUGAGUCGAGCUUGCCUUUGCAUGAGCUGGAAGGCAAUGGCAAUUUGUCUGGUGGAGGUGGGCGAUACUAUCUUGGGAUGUUUCUGGGUGGGGCUUAUGAGGAGGCUCUCGGUGGAGUUCACAACCUGUUUGGUGGCCCGAGUGUGGUUCGGGUGAUGCAGAGUGAUGGGCCGCAUAGCUUUGCGGUCACUCGCACUGUGCCAGGGCCAUCGUGCGGGGACGUCCUCCGAGUGAUGCAGCACGAGCCCGAGCUCAUGUUCGAGACCCUCAAGCACCGAGCGGAGGAAUUCGGGCAGGAGGAGGAUGGUGGUGGGGGCAUUGCCAGCAGCCUGGCCCUGUCCUUCCGCAACAUGCCUUAUUUGGCCAGUCCUUCUUCCUGCUGCAACGAGAAUGAUUAUAACGGUGCUGUGGAUUCUGGUGCUGGCGAUGGCGAGCAGUGGACUUACUGCUACGCCUGAGAAUGUAUUAAGACUUAGUCUCAGCCAUCCCUAUUUAGUUAUUGCUUUCUUCUCUAGUGGGUCUGUUUUUGUUGUCCAUUUGGGUCCGUCGAUGUAUUUCCAUUAAUUUCCUUUUUUUAUUUGGAAAAAAAUGAAAAAAAAAGAACCCCCUUUUUUACUUUCUUGGUGUGUUUCAAAGGGUCAUGAGAGCACAGCAAUAGCAGCAUGCUCCUUUUCCUUUGGCCUUUCUUUUUUUCCUUUUUUAGUACAGAGAAGAGGGGAUGGGAACCGAAUCCACCCUUUUGUAAAUUCGGAUCUUGUUCUCUCUUUUGUCACUAUGUAGACUCUUGAGUUUCCUUCCAUCAGAAAAGAAAAAGAAAGAAAAAAAAGCUGUCAAUAGCUAUUUUUCUUUUCA